AAACAAAAAAAAAAUGGUAUUUUUAAAUAAAAGGACACCAAAGCAAAUCAUAUACUGUUUUUGAUUUUGUGGUGAUAUUUUCACAAUCACCUAUUUAGGUAUAUUAAAUGGCCGGUGCACUGUAGUAUAUACCAAAAUGCCUGGGUAUACCUGGAGGUUCAUAUACAGACAUGUAUAUAUCCAUAUGGAUAUGUAUGUGAAAAGACAUCUAUACGACCAUAUGGGUGGUCGGAGUAGAAACCCCUUUACACGGUUUGCAGGUUAGGCGUAGGAAAAGUGCAGGUUGAGACCCACAAAAGAUAGACAAAAAAAGAUCACCAAUAAAAAAAAGAGACCAAGUACUUACUUAACAGACUUAUUUAAGCUAUUAGGCCAAUCAAUUAGCAAGAUGUCAUCAUCCGUUCCAUACGAUCCAUAUAUUCCGAACCAAACCACUGGUGAACAGUCCAAUUCCAGGACUGCUGCCAUUCAAGCACAAAUCGAUGAUACGGUGGGAGUUAUGAGGGAUAACAUCAAUAAGGUUGCCGAAAGGGGGGAGCGUUUGGACUCGAUUGAAAAUAAAACUGAUAAUUUAGCCAUUAGCGCCCAAGGUUUUAGAAGAGGUGCUAAUCGGGUAAGAAAAGAUAUGUGGUGGAAAGAUAUGAAGAUGAGAAUGUGUCUUAUAUUGGCAGUUAUCAUUAUACUUAUUGUUAUUAUAGUUCCUAUUGCUGUUCAUUUCUCUUAAUUUUAGUCUAGUUUUUUUUUUAAUCAAAUUUUAUUUAAUUUCAAUUGAUGGUUGAAAUGAUUU